CCAGCGGGUGGGUGGGCCUGGGGCUGGCAGCGGAGACCCCGGAGUGUGGAGGGGCCCAUGGACGGGGGCCUGGCUGUCGAGAUGGCCUCCCCCGCCUGCGCCGUGGGCCCCCUGGACAGCCUGGAGCUCCUGGACCUGCUGUUUGACCGGCAGGACGGCGUCCUCAGACACGUGGAGCUGGCCGAGCGCUGGAGCCCCGCGGGCCAGGUGCGGCCGGGCUCCGACUCCGAGGACUUCCUGAGCGCCAUCCUGGGCCCGGGAGACUCGGAUCCCAGCUCCCCGAUCUGGUCCCCCGCCGGCAGUGACAGCGGCAUCUCUGAAGACCUCCCCUCUGACCCUCAGGACACCCCUCCCCGCAGCGGACUGGCCACCACCCCGGCCAGCUGCCACCCCAAUGAGCCUGGCCAGGGGCCUUGCCCCUCCUACCUCCCUGGGCCCCCCUGCCCCGCCAGGCCCUCGGGCCCCCAAGUGCUGGAGGCCUCGGUGGCCAUCGACCUGGACGUGUGGACCACAGGGGGCCUGUACCCCGAGGAGCAGGCAGAGACGCCCUCCCGCUUCAACCUCACCGUGAAAGAUCUCCUCCUGUCGGGCAGCGGGGACCUGCAACAGCAGCACCUGGCAGCCUCUCUGCGACCUGGCCACGGGCACUGUCAGGAGCUGGUGCUGACGGAGGACGAGAAGAAGCUGCUGGCCAAGGAGGGCAUCACCCUGCCCACCCAGCUGCCCCUCACCAAGUACGAGGAGAGAGUCCUGAAGAAAAUCCGCCGGAAAAUCCGCAACAAACAAUCCGCGCAAGAAAGCAGGAAGAAGAAGAAGGAGUACAUCGACGGCCUGGAGACCCGGAUGUCGGCCUGCACUGCCCAGAACCAGGAGCUGCAGAGGAAAGUCCUGCAGCUGGAGAAGCAGAACCUGUCCCUGCUGGAGCAGCUCAAGAGGCUGCAGGCCAUGGUGGUCCAGUCCACCACCAAGUCUGUGCACACGGGCACCUGCACCGCGGUCCUGCUGCUGUCCUUCGCCCUCAUCGUCCUCCCCUCCAUCAGCCCUUUCRCCGCCAACAAGGCCGAGAGCCCAGGGGACUUCGCUCCCGUGCGAGUCUUCUCCAGGACGCUGCACAACGAUGCCUCGUCCCGGGUGGCCCCGGACGACGAUCUGGCCUCCAAGGCCCCAGGCCCCCGGCCGGACCCUGCUGUGCCCCACCAAGGGCCCCCRGGCGGCCUUGGGACGGACUGGGGCUUCCUGGACAUGCUGGCACUGGGCGGGUCAGCAAAGGAGCUGGACAACUCGACCCUGGUUCUGGGCAACUCGACAGAGGAGCUGGGCCCGGCCACCCUGCUGGACUGGGUGGCACCUGAGCAGGUGCUCAGCACAGGACGUGCGGGGCUGGAGGCGGCCGGGGAGGAGCUGUGAGAGCCCAGGCCACCUGGGGGAGCCCAAGUGGACGGCAGGCCCAGGGAGCAGAGGCGAGGCAGGCCCUGGUGGACAGCUCACUGCGGGACAGACGGGAGCUGGCCUAGGUGUGGCCGCAGCGCCCCAGGCCCAGGGCUGGCCGCCGGCCGCUGCUCAGCCCCAGGCAGCGCAGAUGGCGACCUGCGCCUGGGUGCCCCUCGGCCUCCCUGCUCAUUGGGCAGAGGAAGCUGUCCAGCUCAGGGACCCUGGACUUCUGAGUGGCCGCCACCCACCACCACCCCUUUUCUAAGAYUGUGCGACCGACCUUCAAUAAAGU